AUUUUCAGAAAGGAAAGAAAGAUAAAUAGAAGAGGAUUAUAUACGUGGAAUAGGGAAUAAGCAUGAGAUAUGCAUUUGAUACAGAUAUUUUAUUGGAGUUUUUAGAAAUAGCUAUACACAAUAUUUUGUAUUAUAGAAACUUAUAUCCCAAAGAAGCCUAUAUAAAGAUACAAAUUUAUGGAAUAUAUGUAUAUAUUUCUCAACAUCCUGAAUUAAAUAAUUAUAUUAAAAAUACAUUAAUAUGUGUAAAAGAACUAGUUCAAGAAAACAAAAACCAUUUAAAUUCAAUAAAUUUGUUAUAUGUAAAUGAAUUGAAUAUACCAAUAGAAAAAUUUGUUUUUUAUUUUAAUCAAUUAGAAAUCAGUCCAUCAAAAACAGAUCCAUGUUUUAAAAGGCCAGAAGAGGUAUUAAAAAAUUUAUGUUUAAAUUUAUCAAUGUUAGAAAUCUGUUUAAAACCACUUCCAAUAAAUUCUUCAUUUUAUAUUAAUAUUAUUACAAAUUGUAUAACACAUUUAGUUAUAGCAGAAAAUUCAAAAUCUUAUAACUUCCCAUGGACAAUUGACUAUGACUUUAAAAAAAUGGAAAGUGGUCUAUUAUUACCAAUAAAUAAUUUUAAAGUAGACUGUUUUGAGUUACAAUUAGUUGUUAUUGAAAAUUAA